AUGAAUCCCAUCGAGUUCAAGGCUUGGAAAGAGUCUCGCACUGACUGCAUGGUUGCUGAGGGCAAAGAGGGCGAGCGUGAGGAUGAGCGCGGGGACGAGAUUGAUUGGCCUGGGGAUGAAGCCGAUAUUUCAAGCAACAUGACAGAAGCCCUGCACAUUGCGGUCCAGGCAGGAGACACAUCAAAUACUAUCUCACAAGCUAUCGCCAGUGCUGCCGUCACUCCCUCGAUGCCGAUCAACGCAGCAACAGUCUUGCAUGCUGGCCCUUUCGCGGAGUCCAGUCGCAACAUCGAGCCUAUGCAAGAGAGAUCAGCAGCUGCUGAUGCGCGACCUGCAAAGAAACUCCGCAUGCAGAGCGGGUCUGCAGACUUCAUCAAUAUCAUUUCUGGUGCAGGAGGCGGGUUAGUCACUGUCACCAAGAAGCCUCGGGCUAUGCGCAAGGACAAGGGCAUCCCCAGGAAGAAGAAGCACGUCGCUGGUGACGAGAACCAUGCUCCGACGCUGCUCUCAGGUGCUGCCGCCACCGCCACCAACACCUCUCUCUCUACUUCUUCACUGACGCCUGGCACCGCGAUCGCUUUUGCACCUCCUGCAGGAAUGUGA